AAUAUUGAGUUUCAUUGUAUAUGUGAAACACUUCAAGACCAAGAAAAACAAAAUGGAUCAGAGCCUUUCAAACACAAGUCAAUCAAGAUCUGUAGAUCGGAAAACGAUUGAGAAAAAUAGAAGGAUUCAGAUGAAAGCUCUUUAUUCAGAACUCAACUCUCUUCUUCCUGAUCAAACUUCUAGGGCGCCUUUAACACUUCCUGAUCAGCUUGAUGAAGCUGCAAACUACAUCAAGAAGCUGCAAGUGAACGUGGAGAAAAUGAGAGAAAGGAAGAGAAAACUUGCUGCGACUGGAUCUUCAUCCAUGUCUUCGAGUGUUGAUGUCUCUGUGGCUAGAAGGUCGCCGAAAAUCGAGAUUCAAGAAACCGGUCCGAUUCUUCAGAUCUUUCUUGUGACAAGCUUGGAACACAAGUUUAUGUUUCAUGAGAUCAUUCGUGCUGUCAGUGAGGAAUCAGGAGCUGAGAUCACUCAUGCUGGAUCCUCAACCGUUGAUGAUACCGUCUUCCACACUCUUCAUUGCAAGGUGGAAGAUUGUGAUUAUGGAGCUAGUAGUAGAAUUUCUGAGAGUCUGAAGAAACUUGUGAACCAUUUCAAUUAAUAUUCUCUUUUAAUAAUUAAUGUGUACCCUUUUCCCCUCUUCUUGCAGCUUUCUUUUUUUGUGUGUUUCCGUUCUAUAUUAUUGUUCCUUUUGUUGAUUUUUAUCAUGUAAUGUGAAAGUGAUCUUU